AUGAUUGGCAUAUAUGUCUACAACAGUUGUUAUUUUAAGGACUACGUAGAGGCCACAAACAUCGGAGGUUACCUUGAUCGCAAGACAUAUGGCAUAUGGCGGUCAACAUCAAAGACCGUGGUGUGGGUCCGUCCCACAGUCCGGUUUCCCGUCUCCAUUCUGCCACCAGCUGAAGAAAUCGGAAAUGUAUUCCAUGGUCUACACACAGAAACGAGCUUCCGCCGGAAAUGCACGACGUUCGGAACCGGACCUUAUGGCGGGGUUGAAUCUACGAUACUGGUGGACAAUAUGUUCAUGGAGCACUUCCGCCGGAAUCUGAGCUCUAGUGCCAUCUCAACGACAACAUCAAUGAAUGUCUAA